AUGGUGUCUCAGAAGUCUGCAAGGAAGCUGGUGCUAGCAAUUCUGGGAGCUGUAGUGCUACACAGCAUCAAAAGGUGGUCAGCAUCAGCAGAAGCUGAGAGCUCUGCGACAUUCAGCUUGCCACAGGCAGUGCGAAGUGCUGCAGCUGCGAGCAUGGUGGCUUCAAUGCUGGCCUCAUCUCCGGCACUUGCUGAGGAGGACGGCCUGAAAUCCUUGGAGUCGAAGUUGAACGAGCGAGACCAAGGCAUUGAACGGCUGACCGAGGAGAAGCUCCGACCGAGGAUGCGACUCUCCGAGGUGGAGAAGCUGGAGCGUGAGGAGAUCCAGACAGCACGAAGCGCAGAGCGUCUGAAGGAGAAGCAAAUUGCUGCAGAAGAACAAAAGGCGAAAGAGCGCGCAAAGGAGAUGGAGAGGAAGGAGAAGGCUCAGAUCGAGAAGGAGGAGAAACAAGCAAAAGACAAGAUUCAAUCGGAGCUGGAGGCAACCAAGGCCAAUAUCCAGAAAAAAGAAAAGCAAGCUGUGGAAGAAGCCCGCCGAGUGGAGCGGGAUGAGAAGAAAGCCGCUCGAGAGAUGGAGAAGCAGGCUUUGCAAGCAAAGACCGAUAAGGAUCGCCUGGCUGCAGAGGAGGCCAGUGAGACGGCUUUCAAUGCCGCAACAGAGAAAGCAGAGAAAGCAAUUCUUGAAGCUCAAAGCAUCUCAGAAGAAGAACUGACCAAAGCCCUUGAAAAGGCAGAGGACGCACGUACGGCGGCUGCGGAAAAAGCAGAGCUGCUGGAGAAGGCAGCAGUUGAGAAGUUUGAAACUGCGCUGAGCCAAGCAGCAGAGACGGCUGAGCGUGCAGAGAAGGAUGCAGUUUUCGAGGAGGAGGCAGUUGAACAGGCUGUCGUUGAGACCGUGGAUGCUAUUGAGAAGGAGGAUUUGCUUGAAGAGAACCAACUCCUGGAGAAAGCCAAGGUUGCCUUGUCUGCCGGAUGGACUUUUGCGGCACCGCUGGUGAUCCCAGGAAUCUUUAUUGCGCUCUAUGCAGUUCUUGCCAGCUUUUCAGCACCACCUCCAGAGCCUUGCUUGGGAGCAGAAUCUGAGGAGACGCGAAAGAUGAUGGGCAGACAGGAGCGUCCCAAAACGUCCAAAGCCAAUAUGGAUCCAUGGAAUGAUGAGAAAAAGAGGAUGGCGGCAGUUGGCUCAGGUGCCAUGGCUGUGGCGGCUGUGCUGAUGUCUUCCGGCCCCGUCUCUGGCUUCGUGAGCCCUUCUUCUGCCAAAUUGACAUCACGAAGUGUGCAGCGCAUGGCGGAGGGGGCAAAAGCCCAAACAACCCCCGAGCAGUCCUCGAAGCCUUCAACCUUUGGUCGAGCUACGUUGGCACAAGGAGCGGUGGCCGCAGUAGCUGUGGCUGCAGUACGAAGGCGAAGUGUUGGCUGCCUGGCCAAGAAAGCGUCGAAGGUCAUCCGCCUGGCAACAAAGGCAAAGUCCAGCAAGAUCACUGGGGCAGACCCUUUGCAUGUGAUCAUCUCCGGCGCUGGAGUCGGGGGCUUGCUGUUGGCCAAGGCCCUCAGCAAGGAGCCCACAAUUAAGGUGACCCUCCUUGAGCAGGCCAGCUCUUUCCAGCGAUUUGGUGGGCCCAUUCAACUGGCUUCGAAUGCCUUGUCCACAAUUCGUGACAUCGACGAGGGGCUUUUUGAAGAGUUGAUGAAGAGGUUCACCUUCACUGGUUACCGCCGAAACGGUUUGGUGGAUGCCCUACGGUCGGAGUGGUAUUGCACGUUCGAUGCCAUGAAAGAUGCGGCAGAUUUGUUCGACCUGCCCUAUACCGGGGUGGUGGACCGUCCUGAUCUGCAAGAAAUCAUGCUAAAAGCGAUUCCUGCUGGCUGUUUGUCAAACUCGCAGAAGGUCUCCAGGUAUGAGGUGCUUCCCAACAACGAGGGUGUGAAAGUCUUCACUCAAGAUGGUAAGGAGUACCAGGGUGAUGUCCUGAUCGGUGCAGAUGGCAUUUGGUCAGCUACCCGGGCUCAGAUGUGGAAUGAAGACCAGAAGGGUCCUAAUUCUGGAUGUACCUACAGUGGCUACAUUGUUUUUGCUGGGGAGACGAUCUACAAGCCAGAAGACUACUUUGACGUUGGCUACAAGGUCUACAUGGGGCCAAAGCGCUAUUUUGUGACUUCAGAUGUUGGCCGCGGGCGAAUCCAAUGGUAUGCCUUUGUUGCAGUGGCUGAAGGUGAGGAAGUGCCAUCAGACCCACUUGAGAAGAGAGAAUAUGUGAAGGCGGCCUUCCAAGGAUGGUCUCCACAAAUCGCUGACUUGCUGGACGCAACUCCUGCGAACACCGUGGAGGAUCGGUCGUUGUACGACCGCCCGCCCAGUCUCUUCAAGUCAUGGGCCAAGGGACCUGUGGCAUUGCUCGGUGAUGCUUGCCAUGCCAUGAUGCCCAAUUUGGGCCAAGGUGGAGGUCAGGCAAUGGAAGAUGCCCAUUGCAUUCUGCAGAAGCUCAAGGACCUCACAGACAGAAGCCAAGUGCCAGAUGCUUUGCAGGACUACUAUCGAUCGCGUAUCCUGCGAGCUUCUGCAGUCCAAGGCUUGUCACGAUUGGCAUCAGACAUCCUUUUGGGCACCUUCACUUUCCCAUGGAAGCCGGAGGAGGGGCUGUCUGCACCUUACGGCAAAGGUCGUGGCGACGUCAGCUACGAGUCUGUAGUCGUCAACUACCUGAAAUACAUUCUGCCCGCCACUUUCACCGGUCAAUUCACUUUUCUGUACUCAUUCCACCCCUUCAAGUGGACCAAAGAUGAAGUGCAGAAACUUGUGGAAGAGGUCAUGGAUCGCCACAAGAUUGAAGCCCAUGAUGCCUGGCAGCGCAGACAACAAGCUGUGGAGAAGGGCGAGGUUGAGAAAUUUGAGGAAGAAUGCAGGCAAGAGUCCUUCUUCGCGCUGGUUGCACAGGUCGCCGGUGGCAUUGACCAGAAGUGA